AUGAGACUGUCCUCUGGCACCACCGCCUUGCGCGCCGCUCCUCACUCGGACGUUGGAGCUGCUGCUGGUGCUGCGGACCCGAGCGGUGGCGCUGCUGCUGGUGCUGAGGACCCGGGCGUUGGAGCUACUGCUGGAGCUGAGGACCCGGACGGUGGAGCUGCUGCUGGUGCUGAGGACCCGGACGUUGGAGCUGCUGCUGGUGCUGAGGACCCUGCCGCUGGUGUCUCUGCUGGUUCUGGAGACGCUACGCGGCCGCGACCGUACUUCGUACCACUUCUUCAGCAGGUUCUUGGUCAGACUCCUCCUCCUUGUCCUCCUCCCUCCGUAGAGUGUCCUCCGCCUGUCCAGUCGCAGUCACAGUUCCCGCCUGCCUCGCCUCUCCCUGGUCCCUCUCCCUACACUGGUCCCACAGGAGGUCUUACAGAGCGUCGUGAGCCUGAGUCUCGUCCUGCGUUGCCUGUUCGUACUGCUCGCACUGGUCGUCGUGUCCCACGUGAGCGUCCUCCUCCUGUCCCUGGCACUCACUACAUGACUCUGCGUCCCUCCACUGCUCCUCAGCGUGUUCCGCUGCCGUCUCCUCCUGCGUCCUCUCUGCCUACUCUUCCUGAUCCGGAGUCUGACUCCCGUCGUGCUGCCAGUCCCACUGUCACCCGUCUCCUCGCUACUGUUGUCACUGACCCUACCUUUGAGUCCUCUGCUGCGUCUGCUCUGGUCGCUGAGUUGAUAGACUUUGCUGCCCGGUGUCGUCUAGACUACGCCACUAGCCUUGUUGCUGAGUCUGAGUCUGAGUCUGUCUGUCCUCCGUCCGUUGGGGGUGAGUGUGCUCUUGGCACGGACGUCCUUGAGGACAGACAGGAGGAGUUCCAGUGCUUUGCUGCUGCUUUACCCCACCUCGUGUCCAUGCUAGUUGCCCCUGAGGGAGACCCGGAUGCACCAGACAUCCCGACCCCGCGCACUUACGCUGAGGCGAUGGCGGGUCCCUACUCCUCUCAGUGGCAGACAGCCAUGGACGCUGAGAUGGCUUCCUGGAAGUCCACAGGCACCUACGUCGACGAGGUUCCCCCACCUGGGGCGAACAUCGUCAGUGGCAUGUGGAUUUUCAGGGUGAAGCGGCCACCGGGUUCUCCUCCUGUCUUCAAGGCGCGCUACGUGGCUCGAGGCUUCAGUCAGCGAGAGGGAGUUGACUUCUUUCAGACCUUCUCCCCCACCCCGAAGAUGACCACUCUUCGGGUGCUACUGCACAUAGCCGCUCAGCGCGACUACGAGCUUCACUCACUUGACUUCAGCACUGCUUUCUUGCAGGGCAGCCUGCACGAGGAGAUCUGGCUGCGCCGCCCUCCUGGCUUCACUGGGUCGGUUCCUUCUGGUACCCAGUGGAGGCUUCAGCGGCCGGUCUACGGUCUCCGCCAGGCACCGCGUGAGUGGCACGACACACUGAGGACGACACUUGCGGCUCUUGGGUUCGCUCCCUCUACUGCUGACCCGUCACUGUUUCUACGCACAGACACCUCACUGCCGCCGUUCUACAUCCUCGUGUACGUGGACGACUUGGUCUUUGCCACUGCUGACACCGCGGCACUCGCCCACCACGGCGCACCAUCACCUUGA